CAGACGGACGGACGGUGGAGAAGCCGAGAUGCAACUGACCAGGGCUCCUCUCUGCCUCCUGCUGCUCAGCCAGCUGUUCCCUGGCAAGGUUUCAGCCCGCCAAGGCUGCAAGAGCGGACGCUUCACCUCCCUUGGGGAUUGCUGUGCCCUCUGCCCCCAGGGCUAUGGGGUGGCUGUCCCGUGCGGCAGCUCCAACACGGAGUGCGAGCCCUGCAGAGAGAAUGGGACGUUCUCCUCCACCAGCAGUGCCACCGAGCCGUGCCAGCCAUGCUCACGGUGCCCGGUGGCAGAGGCGUGCACCCCCACCCGCGACACUGUGUGCGCCCCCCAGUGUGCCCCCAGCCACUACCUGCACGUGGAGAACGGGAGCAGCAGCCAAUGCCUGCCUUGCCAGGUGUGCGGGCAAGGCUACGGGGCAGCGACGCCGUGCGGGCCUAUGGACAACACCGUCUGUCAAAGGUGCCCGGAGGGCUUUUACUCGGAGGAGAAGAGCGACUCGGCGCCGUGCCUGCCCUGCCGGCUGGAGUGCCACGAGGACGAGGUGAUGAUCCGGGCUUGCAGCCCCGUGUCGGACACGCUGUGCAUGGAUAGAGAGCUGCAGAUCCUGAAGCGCACGGAGGGGGACCCCCGCAAGGAGCACCCCAAGAAGCCCCCGCUGUCUGAGUCAGAGGGCAGCGCCUCCCCCAGCAACUCCUCUGAGUUCCUCCCCCCGCUGCCAGACAACAGCAAGAACAUCAUCCCCGUCUACUGCUCUAUCCUGGCCGCGGUGGUGGUGGGGCUCCUGGCCUAUGUGGCUUUCAAAUGCUGGAACACCUGCAAACAGAAGCAGCAGCUGGCCAAAGCCAGGGCUGGGGAGCUGGGGGCCUCCCCCGAGGGCGAGAAGCUGCACAGCGACAGCGGCGUCUUCCUCGACACGCACAGCCUGCAGGAGCACCACCCGCUCAACAAGGCACACAAGGCUGAGCCCCGGCUGUACAGCUCCCUGCCACCCCACAAGCAGGAGGAGGUGGAGCAGCUGCUGGAGAUCUCCAGCCAUGGCAAGGACUGGCGCUGCCUGGCCAGCCAGCUGGGCUACGAGGAAGAAGCCAUCGACACCUUCGGCCGGGGCGAAGCCCCCGCCCACACUCUGCUCUCCGACUGGGCUGCCAAAGAGGGGGCCACGCUGGAGGCCCUGUGCGCAGCCCUGGCCGGCAUCGAGCGGCCAGACGUGGUGGAGAACUUGACUGGCCCAGCUGAGGCCAGCUCGGUGGUGUAAUGGCAUGGGCAAGCCAGCAGGGGGACGCGCACCCCGCGAGACCGGGACUCGCUAGGAGUUUUAAAUGGCAACAAAAAAGGAAAAGGGGGGAGGGGAACAAAUUUUGUUAAUUAUAAGGGAACUUUAAAAAAAAAAAAAGCAACGAAACAAACAAAAAAGCCACAGAGCAGCGGCCUUUGGCAGGACAAGGUGCAGCACCAUGAUGUGACUGGCGCGUGAGCCCACCGUCUCCUACCAGCGGCGACUGGGCCUGCGGGCGCCACGUGCUGUCCCCAAUUGAUGGCGAUCAGGCCUGCGGGCGCCACGCGCUGUCCAUACCAGCGGCGACUGGGCCUACGGG